AGUGACAAUGCAAAUGACACGAAGGCAACGGACUCCAACGAGGACAAAUUCAGGGACCGGCCGGACAGGUAUGCCCUUGCGAAUCGCUGCUGUGCCUCCGCUCUUGCUGUUCCGCUGCUAUUUGUAUAGCUUCUAUGCUCGCAUGACAUUGCUCCAUUGAAA